AUCAAUCUCUUUUUUCCUCUUUAGGAAUGGCAAGCUCAUUGAAGAGAAUGAAAAGUACAUGUUGAAAGGAAGCAAUACAGAACUCACUGUCAGAAACAUAAUCAAUAGCGAUGGGGGUCCUUAUGUCUGCAAGGCCACAAAUAAGGCAGGAGAAGAUGAAAAGCAGGCAUUCCUCCAAGUAUUUGUUUCUCCCGGACCUCUACCAACAGGCAGUCCCUCAAGCCAGUGGAUGUCCCCUGGCUGUGAUAGCCCAGACGGCCGUAUUGAAGUCAAAGGGCAGCAUGGAAGCUCAUCACUGCACAUUAAAGAUGUGAAGUUGUCAGAUUCAGGGAGAUAUGACUGUGAAGCUGCAAGUAGAAUUGGAGGGCACCAAAAGAGCAUGUACCUUGAUAUUGAAUACUAUAUAGCAAAAAUUGCACCUACAUCUGACAAUGAUUUUGGACGAUAUAAUUGCACUGCCACUAACCGCAUAGGAACAAGAUUUCAAGAAUAUAUUCUUGCUUUGGCUGCAAUGGUUGUUUUGAGCAACCUGGAACCAAAUACAACUUAUGAAAUCAGGGUUGCAGCUGUAAAUGGAAAGGGACAAGGAGACUACAGUAAAAUAGAGAUUUUCCAAACAUUACCAGUCCGUAAAUCCACUUUUCUCUUCCUGCUAUCUCACACCUCCUCUCCUAACUACCACGAAGCUGUCUGCAUCAGGAUGAUGAACUACAGUUUGGUGAUGCUGUUUGCUUUCCGCACAAAAGAUAAGGAAGAUCAAUGGCUAGAGAAAAAAGUUCAGGGAAAUAAAGAUCACAUCAUUUUGGAGCAUCUGCAGUGGACAAUGGGAUAUGAAGUUCAAAUUACAGCUGCCAACAGAUUGGGAUAUUCUGAACCAACAGUUUAUGAAUUCAGCAUGCCACCAAAGCCCAACAUUAUUAAAG